AUGCAAGACUACGUACCGCAGAACCUAGCGGCACUUAGCGAUGAGAAUAGUUCCAUGCCGUCAAUAGCGGCCGGGAAAGUUGAUGCGCACCACACGCUGAAACCACGGUAUUUGGAGGCUAGGGUUGCGUUGAGCGACGUCACUUCCCAAAUAAACAAGACAAACACAGCGGACACAAACACGAUAAUGUCCAAGCACUCACAGUCAAACACCACAGGACCUGUAGCACGGGCUGAUGAGAGCUAUUCGGAAGAUGGAGAACAGGAACCCAACGAGGACGAAAUAGAAGAAUUGGGGUAUGUGGUGAGGCGAGCUAGUCACGUGACCAUAAGUUCUAGUGAAUCAUCUGCCCUCGAUGCAGCUCCGUUGUCACCGCAGCAUGAAGCCGCUUGCAACAAUGACGGCACCUCGUCGCUUGAGUGCGUUCCGCUUCAGCUCCUCGUUACCGAAGACUCUCGACGGACAGUACGCCUUGCGUACGAAAAGCUCCAUCGCAACUCACCGGAUCUAUUGGAUGAGGACACCUACGAUGUUGUCAUGGUAGCAGAAUAUGUCGAUGACAUUUUUGAUCACAUCAAAUAUCUGGAACAGGAAUACAAGCCGGAUGGCACCUACAUGAACUCUCAACCGGAGCUUAAAUGGUCCUAUAGAGCAACACUUCUCGACUGGCUCGUGCAAGUACACUCUAGAUUCCAACUGCUUCCCGAGACCCUUUACCUCACCGUUAACAUUAUAGAUCGAUUUCUAUCCAAAAAGACCGUUACUUUAAACCGGUUUCAAUUGGUUGGUGCUGCGGCCCUUUUCAUUGCUGCAAAGUUUGAAGAGAUCAAUUGCCCAUCUUUGAAAGAAAUUUUGUACAUGCUCGACAAUGCUUAUAGUCGAGAAGAGCUACUGAAGGCCGAGAGUUUUAUGAUUGACACGUUAGGGUUUGACUUGGGGUGGCCAGGUCCAAUGUCUUUCUUAAGAAGAGUGAGCAAAGCAGACGAUUAUGAGUACGACAUACGAACUCUGGCGAAAUAUCUACUUGAAACGACUAUUAUGGAUCCUCGAUUAGUUUCUGCUCUUCCUAGUUGGCUGGCUGCCGGAGCUUACUACCUGAGCAAAAUCAUACUCAAGUCGCACGAAUGGACUUGUGAACAUAUUUUUUAUUCGGGCUACGCAGCGGAACAACUCAUUCCUUUAGCAACUUUGAUUUUAGGAAACUGCAGACUCGCAAUGAAGCGCCAUCAGGCUGUUUUUGAGAAGUACUCGGAACGCCGGCAUCGGAGGUCGGCACAGGUUGUGGAACGGUGGAUAGCGCUGGCAGAACAAAGGCCAGACUAA